ACUCAAAUGAAUUAUUGUGCCCUACAGAAUACACAGACAUUUUUAUUUUUUUUUGAGAAUACAAAGACCUUAAUCGGUAAUCAGAAGGAGAAAACAGUAUCACGACUUUUCACCUCAACAAGAACCCUAUCUGCAUCAGCCCGACAAUAUGAGUCGAUCAGUGGACUUGCUCGGAACCACCAAGCCGGAUCCGUCGAAGAAACCCGUCUUCCUCACCAAAGCACAGCGAGAGCAGCUAGCCCUUCAGCGCCGCCACGAAGAAAUCGCCGAACAGAAACGACGUGCCGAACAGCUUCUCCAACAACAGGGUAACAACCGCCCUUCCUCCACCGACUACGAACAUGAACGGGAUCAUCGUGAUAGAGAUAGUAGGGGUGACCACUAUCGCUCCAGGGACAGAGAAAGAGAAAGAGAAAGGGAGUCGAGAGACCGGGAGGUGGAGCGCCGGAAGCGCGAGAGGGAGCGUGACGAAGAGCUCAAGGAACGAGAGCGAGCUCGAUUGGACAAAUUAGCAGAGCGAGAGCGAGAGAAGGAGCUUGAUGCUAUCAAAGAGCAGUACCUCGGCUCCAAAAAACCUAAGAAGCGGGUGAUUAAACCUAGUGAGAAAUUCCGAUUUUCCUUCGACUGGGAGAAUACCGAGGACACAUCUCGCGACAUGAACGCUCUAUACCAAAACCCUCACGAAGCCCGCUUGCUCUUUGGUCGCGGAUUCCGUGCUGGAAUGGACCGAAGGGAGCAGAAGAAGCUUGCUGCCAAGAAUGAGAGGGAGCUGCGGGAGGAGAUCUGGAAGAAGGAUGGCGUUGAGGAGUCUGCCGUAGAAGCAGCUGCCCUGAAGAAGAAGGAACAGGAUGCCGAUAUGUAUGACACUUUUGACAUGAGAGUUGACCGCCAUUGGUCAGACAAGAAGCUGGAGGAAAUGACGGAGAGAGAUUGGAGGAUAUUCAGGGAGGAUCACAAUAUAUCCUACAAGGGGUCGAGGAUACCCCGUCCCAUGAGGAAUUGGGUCGAGAGCAAGUUAACUACUGAGUUACUCAAGGCAGUUGACAGGGCUGGCUACAAGAAGCCAUCUCCCAUACAAAUGGCUGCCAUUCCGCUUGGACUUCAACAGCGUGAUGUGAUUGGCGUUGCAGAGACUGGUUCAGGUAAAACUGCUGCUUUUGUUCUCCCAAUGUUGACUUAUAUCACUAGGCUUCCUCCAUUGAGUGAAGAGAAUGAGGCGGAGGGUCCAUAUGCCGUUGUAAUGGCCCCCACACGAGAACUAGCUCAACAAAUUGAGGAUGAGACCGUCAAGUUUGCACAUUAUUUGGGUAUCAAAGUUGUUUCUAUUGUAGGUGGGCAGUCCAUAGAGGAGCAAGGUUUUAGGAUUAGGCAAGGUUGUGAAGUUGUGAUUGCAACCCCUGGGCGACUUCUCGAUUGCUUGGAGAGACGCUAUUGUGUUCUGAACCAGUGUAAUUAUGUUGUUCUUGAUGAAGCUGACCGUAUGAUUGACAUGGGUUUUGAACCUCAAGUUGUUGGUGUACUGGAUGCUAUGCCUUCAAGUAACAUGAAACCGGAGAAUGAGGAUGAAGAGCUUGAUGAGAAGAGGAUUUAUCGAACCACAUAUAUGUUCAGUGCUACCAUGCCACCUGCUGUGGAGCGGCUGGCUAGAAAAUACUUAAGAAAUCCUGUUGUUGUGACUAUUGGCACUGCUGGAAAGACUACUGACCUGAUCACUCAGCACGUGUUCAUGGUAAAGGAAUCGGAGAAAAUGUAUAAGUUGCAGAAAUUGCUGGAUGAGCUUGGAGAUAAGACGGCUAUUGUGUUCAUCAACACUAAGAAGCAGGCUGAUUUUGUUGCCAAGAAUCUGGAUAAAAACGGCUACAGGGUAACCACACUGCAUGGUGGAAAGUCACAGGAGCAGAGAGAAAUCAGCCUUGAAGGAUUUAGGACCAAGAGGUACAAUGUGUUAGUUGCUACUGAUGUUGCUGGUCGUGGUAUUGAUAUACCUGAUGUGGCCCAUGUGAUAAACUAUGAUAUGCCAAACAAUAUUGAAGCAUACACCCAUCGUAUUGGACGUACAGGUCGUGCAGGAAAGACGGGUGUAGCCACAACAUUCUUGACCAUGCAGGAUACUGAAGUCUUUUAUGAUCUUAAGCAAAUGCUCACACAAAGCAACAGUCCUGUUCCCCCAGAACUUGCCAGGCACGAGGCUUCGAAGUUCAAGCCAGGAAGUAUUCCCGACAGACCACCUAGGCGGAAUGAUACUGUAUUUGUUCAUUAAAGUUGGAAUUGCUACAUAUGCUAUCGUAGGGGUCAAGUGUUGGGAGUUUCUAUUAUGGUGUCUGCUGAAAAAUGGAGCUAGGUGGGUGAAUGGAGUUAGUAGAUAUAGUGGAGGGUUCAAACAUAAUGGAAGUGAAGUGGUAAAACACGUUUGGUAAUGAGUUCAUUUUGUUACUAACAAGUAGUGUACUGUCAGCUUUGCUGAAGGGAUUUGCUUUCUUAUUCUGAUUUGGUUUGUCGAGAGCUAAGCUUUACCAAAGAUCUUCCUGUAAACUCUUUUUCAUUUAUUGUAUUUCUGUUCUAUAUUACUUUAUCUUAGGAUAGACCCAGGAACUUAAAUACCUUGGUUUGAUGACAUGCUGAAGGAUAAAAUUUAUUGCCAUUUGUUGGCAAAUUCCUCGGACAACAGGUACGCCUAUGAAAUUAUUCCUUAAUCCAAUCCAUAUUCUAGUAGAAAUAAUCAACUUCCUUUUGUAAUUGUUUUACGUUAUCAGUGUUAUGUUCUCCAGUUCUCAUUUGCCUCAACUCCUUCUAGCCUGGCACUUAACCUUCUUAAUUUGUGUAAUCCACAGUUUUCACUCAAAUGUGAAGAUCCCUUGCUUACUCUACUACUUAACUAUGUGAAAAUCCUUAAAAUGAAUAGAGAUAAAUAUGAAGUGAGGAAAGCAAAAGUAGUGUGGUUCACUGGCAAAGGGAAAAGAAUGCACUCUCAUUAGUCUGUCUAUUAAGUUAUGCUCCACCAUUUCAACCUCCUUUCUUAAAAAAACUGGGCUAGACAUUACACCCAAGUUUGUAAGCUGGCAUUAUUUCUGUUUAAGAUUUUGAUUGUCAUAUCAUUUUUCCAACUUACUGUUUGAGAAAAAGUGAUUGAAAUCUGAAAUAUCUUCUGUAAUAUGUCUGUGUUCAUUAUUGCUUGAAGUUGUAAUUUAUACUUUGUGAAUAAGAGGAAUUGCGUGCUGUGAAUAUCCAUUCUUGUGCAAGUAAACACUACAACAACAAUAUUCAAAAGAAAGAUUUAAGCAAUCAAACUGGAAUUUUGAAGCAAAUAAGACACCACCACUGCUGGUUUUCAUUUAUUCUGUCUUGAAAUUGAAUUACAAAUCACACUUAUAAAAGUUAUGCUCUCUCUUUAUUUGUGUGUUCCUGUUGACAAUGUUGGAACAAGUAUCAUGUCUGGCUGUUUCAUGAUCCAAACAACCUGCAGGAUGACACUUCAAAUCAUUAGUUACCUCCUCAAAAGGGGAGGGGAGAAAAAGAAAUAGAUACAUCUGUGAUUCAUGCAGUAGCAUUUGUAUCAAAUCUUACUUCUGCAACCUUGAUUGUGAGCGCCUGGUACCAUAGAAAAAUUGGAUACAUCAGUACAGUUGUACGGAAAGAAGUACUGGAAAAAACAAUGAAGGAAGACAACCCCAUAAACAAUGGAGGAGUAUUCACAAUCAAGCAUAGGAAAGAAAAAAAACAAUCUGUUGAUUGUCUACUUGAUUGACAUAACCGGCGAUUUAGAAAGGUGAAUAGAAGAAGAUCCUCCCGGCACUUCUGGAAAAAAUUGGCAAUUUUGUUGCUUGAUUCAUCUCCAUUAUUUGGAUCAAUAUGGAAGCCUGAGAUCCCAUCAACAAUAAUCUCAGCAGGGCCACCUUGGUUGGUAGCGAAGGUUGGUAAUCCACAGUUCAUUGCUUCAAUGACUGUAAGACCAAAUGCUUCAUACAAAGCAGGCUGCACAAAAGCUCCUUUUGAAUCUGCUAUUGUGCGGUAGAGUUCGCUAUUCCUGUAUCUGUCAGUCUGAGCUGCUAUCCAUCUAAUCUGGCCCUUAAGCUGGUAUUUCUCUAUCAGCACAUGCAUCUUUUUUAUUUCAGCUGCUUCUUCUCUAUCCCUGGAUUUUGUAGGAUCAAAGGAACCGCCAACCACAACAAGGUUAACUAAGCUUCUGAGCUUCUUGUUCUUGCCAUACCAUUCAGUUAGUCCUGUUGUGUUCUUCACUGUGUCCAGCCUUGCCAUGGUGAAGAGAAUAGGUUUCGUCCUGUCUUCUAAAUAUCCACUGUAGUUGAAAGAAGUUAAGCAUUAAUACGUAGAACUGUGGGAUGUUCCUACUGGCACUAAACUGAAGUUUGAGCACUAAGACUUACAUGUGCUCAUCAUUAUCCACUUUACUAAAAAGAAGUUUCUCAAUGGCAGGGCGGAAAUCAGUCAAACGCUUCUGCUUUUCUGUGUAAGGGAAGUAUACUGACUGGUCUGCUCCAGGAGCAGCAAUGUUAAAUUUAGGAUCAAAGACAUUGAUGCCUGAAACAACUCUAUAAAGCCCUGGAAGGGUAAAUGCACUAUGACUUUCAUACUGCCCUGGCCUGUCUUUGCUGCAAAUGUUAGCACAUAAGAAUGAGAUCCAUGAAGUUUCAAUAAUUUGAGCAAAUACAUUACUGGAUUUGUAAUGUGUAUUUGAUGGUAGUGAAAGCACAACUCUAAUUAGCAAGCUCA